AUGAACAGAGGAGCUCUGCGCGUUGUGAUGCUCCUGCUCCUCCAGGUCAGAUGCGCCAUGGCGCUCGCGUUACCGCCUGGGAGGGUGACCAGCGGGCAAGCGGACCAGUCGCAGGACGCUGUGUUCCAUCUGAAGGAUUUACCUCGGGGUCCGGCUGUGGCCCCCCACAAGAAGGCGCCGCAGUUCAUGCUGGAUCUUUUCAACGCCGUUUCAGUGACUGAGGGGACGCCGAAGAGCCAAAAGGAGAUUCUGGACGGAAACAUCGUACGAAGUUUUGAGGAUAAAGGUCACUCCGGCGAGAGGUUCCACUUCUUCAAUUUGUCGUCUUUUGGCAGAGACGAGAAGAUGAUAAAAGCAGAGUUUCGUUGGUUCAGAAAGAAACAAAAGCAUUACCUGGGGAAACCAUUCCGGCCUCAUUUUUAUAAGGUGGAUCUGUACGAGGUGCUCGACAGUCAAGUGAAACCAUGGAGAGGAAACCUCAUCACUUCCAGGCUGGUGCCACUGUACACACAAGGAUGGGAGGUCUUCAACGUCACUCAAACGGUGUCCAAGUGGAUCAGAAACAGCCUGGAGAACAACGGCAUCUUGGUGGUCACCACGCUUCCAUCUGGAGACUGGCUGGAGUUAUUCUCAAGACAGAAUGGAGAGCUGCUGGAAACAAACUCCUACUUGGUCAUAUUUUCUGAUGACGGGAAAAUAGGCGGAUCAAACCAGUCGUUUUUUGGACCAACAGCACCCCAGCAUCACCACCUCAACAGACGCCGUCGUGGCGCUCCGGGGUCCACCCCACAAAACCACUCCCAGUCCUGUCGCAGGGUCCCCCUUUUCGUGGACUUCGAGGAGAUCGGCUGGUCGGGCUGGAUCAUUUCACCGCGGGGAUACAACGCCUACCACUGCAAAGGCUCCUGCCCGUUCCCACUGGGUGGAAGCCUGCGGGCCACCAACCACGCGACGGUGCGCUCCAUCAUGCACGCCCUGAAGCUCUCCACUGAAGACGUGGGCGCACCCUGCUGCGUCCCGGACAAACUUCAGUCCAUCAGUCUGUUGUAUUUCGACGAUGAAGAGAACGUGGUGCUGAAGCAGUACGACGACAUGGUGGCAUUAAGUUGUGGAUGCCACUGACCAACCCAUGUCACCCAUUCAACCACUAAGUGCGAAUGCUGCUAUUAUGCACACUAGUCGACGCGACUUGUGUCAGGUGUAUUUCUCCACAUUAAACCUGAAACUAUUUUUUUUUUGCAUUUGAUAUCUGGUCAUGUGAUCUUAUCAUGCAAAUGUAGCAUUAAAUUGUUUCACUGUAUAUAGCU